GAACCAAAGUUUCCUGGCGACCCUUUACACUGACGGAACAAGCAAAGUGGAAGUGCGUUCACCGUGUAUCUACUUAGUCUGGAGCAGUUGUUGAUGUUGUGAGUGGAUCUGGAGAUAGAGCAACAGCCAUGACGUCUCUGGGGGGCAGCAGUUCCUCAACCACAGAGUACACUGUGCGAGUCCCUAAAAACACCAGCAAGAAGUACAACAUAAUGGCAUUCAAUGCGGGGGACAGGGUCAACUGUUCAAGCUGGACGCAGGCUCGCAUGGAAAGGGACAUGAGUGCUCGGCGGAUAUAUGGAGAAGAAGAGUCGCAGGAAGGCGCAGCAGGCAGUGAGUUUGGCAAAAAGCAGCGCGAGGAAGCUCGGAGGAAGAAGUUUGGUAUUGUGACCCGUGAGUUCAAAGUAGAGGAUCAGCCCUGGCUCCUGAAGGUGAACGGCAAGGCUGGCAAGAGGUUCAAAGGUCAAAAGAAAGGCGGUGUUACAGAAAAUGCGUCCUACUACAUCUUCACACAGUGUCCUGACGGAGCCUUCGAGGCCUUUCCUGUUCACGGCUGGUACAACUUCACACCGCUGGCCAAGCACCGGACCCUCACAGCUGAGGAAGCUGAGGAGGAGUGGGGCAGGAGGAACAAGGUGGUGAAUCACUUCAGCAUCAUGCUUCAGAGACGUCUCCGGGAGCAGGAGCGUGGCGAGGAUGAAGAAGACGAGGCGGAAAAGACUGGGAAGAAGAAAAAGAAGGGAGGAGCGCGAGGGGGUGACCUGCGCAUCCACGACUUGGAGGAUGACCUGGAGAUGAGCAGCGACGACAGUGACAGCAGCAUGGGUGAAGGAGGAGAGAGCAAGGCAAAGGCGAAGAAAGAAACGGCGAAAGGAAAGGGAAAGAAAAAGAAGCGAAAGAGCAACGAAAACGAGGCCCUAGAAGACAGCGAUGAUGGCGACUACGAGGGUCUGGAGGUGGAUUAUAUGUCAGAUGACAGCAGCUCAGAAGAAGAGCCAGAAAAGGCAAAACCCGGCAAAAGAGAAGACCUCCCUAAAGGAAUUGACGAAGCAUCUGAAAGCGAGGAAGAGAGCGAGGAGGAGAAACAGGAGGAGGAGGCAAAAGAGGAGGAAGAGGAGGAGGAAGGGAAGAAAACUCCAGUUCAAACGGAAAAGAAGAAGAAGAAAGACAGCAGCGGAGAAUCGGACAGCUCGGAUGACAGCGACAUCGAGGGAGAGACGGCCUCCGCCCUGUUCAUGAAAAAGCGCACACCUCCUAAGCGCGGAGGCCGUGGCUCUGCAGGCAGCUCCAGGACCGGCAGUCGUCCCGGGACACCGUCCAUAGACUCUGCCUCUACCUCCAACACACUUCGCGCCGCUGCCAGCAAGCUAGAGCAAGGUAAGAGACAGACUCCAGGUCCCACCACAGAUUCACCAGCCGCCAAAAGGCUUAAGAUGGAGCCCAGCAGUCAGAGUCCUGUUCCAUCUGGGAAGAGCACGCCCCAGCCCCCAUCGGGCAAAUCCACGCCGAGCUCAAGUGACGUGCAGCUGACGGAGGACGCCGUCCGACGCUACCUGAUCCGCAAACCGAUGACGACCAAAGACUUGCUGAAGAAGUUCCAGACCAAGCGCACAGGUUUGAGCAGCGAGCAGACCGUCAACGUGCUGGCACAGAUCCUCAAGCGCCUGAAUCCAGAGCGCAAGAAUAUAAAUGACAAGAUGCAUUUCUACCUCACCGAGUGACCGGCGGGCAGAGGGGUCGAGCGACGGGUUUAGAGGCAGUGAAGGGGAGCGGAACGCGUUGGUCUAGUCCUGACCCUUAGAGGUUGUGCUUACGCUUAAAAAGCACGGCGUCAGAAGUUGAAGCUGUCUCCAUUUACUGAUAGUAAGCAUUUUGUUUGAGUAUUUUGUAGUUUGGAAUCUCACAUUAAAUAAGAGAGUGUAUGAUUUCUCCUAUAACAGACUUAGAACUGUUUGUUUUCUUUUUAGGUAGAAGCCUUUUGUAAUAAAAUUUGAAGUCUGA